AUGCGACCAUGCCCUCCUGAGUUCGAGUUGGGAAACUGGAAAAUUAUCGAACAACCAGGAAUUUCCAUGGCAAACAUAAUGUACUAUACCAAGGACCCAAACGUCGAUUUUAAGCAGCUAGUAAACCAAGCUAAGGAUGUAGAAGAUGAAGAUUGGGGGCUUCCCCCAGAGCUAAAAAGAAUGGUCGAACAAGAAGACCGAGAAUUGAAGCCACACCAAGAGAUAGAAAUCGUAAACUUGGGUGUUGGUGAGGAAAAGAAAGAGGACAUGUUGUGCCUUGGUGUGGGCAACCCAUCAUCUAAGGCAGUAUAUGCUAAGCUACACCACUUGGUUGGUAUCCAAGAUAGACCCAGUCAAGCGAUAAAGGGAAGCGUUUUGGCAGAUUAUCUAGCUCAGCAGCCCAUCAAUGACUACCAACCUAUGCAUCCAGAAUUCUCGGAUGAGGACAUCAUGACCUUGUUCGAGGAGGUGGAUGAUGAGGAUAGGGACAAAUGGAUAGUGUGGUUCGAUAGCGCGUCUAAUGCACUAGGCCAUGGAGUAGGGGUGGUUUUGCUUACCCCCAAUGAUCAAUGCAUACCCUUCAUAGCUAGGUUGGGCUUUGGCUACACGAACAACAUGACUGAGUAUGAGGCAUGCGCCCUUGGGAUCCAAGCAGCAAUUGACUUCAAGGUCAAAUUGCUCAAAGUAUAUGGAGACUCAGCCUUGGUAAUCCACCAGUUGAGAGGAGAAUGGAAGACUAGGGAUCAUAAGUUGAUACCCUACUAG